AUGCAUACACCGGAGCUGGAGUCAAGUGUGAGCGAGAAGGAUUCGAUGUUGGAGGGUCAAAACAUUUAUACUGAUUCAUUUGGAAAUACGAUAUCCCCAGAAACGGAAGUUAUCGAAGAUGAUGAGAUAAGCCAUGAUGAACCUACUGCUGUAAUGGUUUGUAAAAAUAUUAAUGAACUUCCAGCAGAAAUAUUGAUAAGGGCUUUCCAGUAUCUUGAUCCUGAAUCCUUAGGUGAUGCCUCAGAAGUUUGUACGAUGUGGAGAUCGUUAGUGCAAGAGAAGCAAACAUGGGUCCGAUCGUUUACAAAUCAAUUCAAUACUAGAGAAACUUUCCCAUCGCUUUCCAAUUCACGUUGGGGAAUAGAAGAGUACAGAAGUAGACUUCGAGUUAAGAAGAGAUGGGCGAAAGGUACUGCAUUGCACCAGAACUACAGCACUUACAAUCCAGAUCAUAUUUGGUUUGUUCAAGUGAAUUUUGAAAGAAAUAACCUUAUAGCAUACUUCAAUUUCAAUGGUGAUGUUACAAUGUGUCAACUCAAUGGGAAAAACCAAGUACAUAUUCCUGGAAACAAUUGUGACGUUGGCAUGAACUCUUGUUUUUGUGUUAAUGAGAAGUAUAUUGCCAUGGGGAAAUGGAAUGGUGAUAUAUGGAUCAAAAACAUGUACAAUGCCAGAAUAACGGGAUCCAACCUGCAGUCAACAGUCCGAUGGCAAAGUCCUCGACUGGAGGAUAGAAACCGUCACUUGCAAUCGAUUCCAGUCCCCACAUGUAUCGAUUUAAAUUCAAAUAUUAGCAAUUAUGGAAGCAAUUUUGAUUGUAUAUCUGGUGAUGUAUAUGGAGUUGUCCUGUGUUGGACCAUAAGAGGCGAAUUAAUUAAAAGCAUUAUCGUUUCUGACUAUCCAAUCUUCAAAGUCCAAUCAAAUUAUGAUACUCAUAUCAUUGCAACAGAUACCCAAGGCGUGAUACACACAAUAGAUGCUCAGACAUUCAAAUUGAAGGGAUCGGUUUCAACGGGUCUUACUAUCGAUAUACAUGACAUAAAUUUCUCCGAGUGGAAAGACCUCAUGUUUGUCGAUGUUGAUUAUGGUGACAACAAGGUAAUUCUAACUUGUGGAUACAAGGUCACGGUGGUAGAUUAUAUAAAUCACAAAAUCAAAAAGUCAUGGACUUCAGAUAUCCCCAUCCUAUACGCUAAAUUACAAACAGUUCAAUUGAAGAAGUUAUUCACUAGAGAUAAGUCAUUGGCUGGACUGGAUGGAUUGUUGUAUGCACAUGUAUUGGAAAAUCAGACGGUUGUCAUAUGGAACGUUAGGGAUGAUCAACCUGGAGACAGGAUCCAAGUUCAAUGUUAUAUUAAACCAGUGAAGGCCCAUAGACAUAUGACUAUAUCAUCUAUAUCAUUAAAUUCAUCAAUUGCUGUUUUGGGCCAUUACAAUGGGAUAUCAGGGAUGUAUGAUGUAUUUACUGGGGAUUAUAUCAAGGAUUGCUCAGUUCGAUUACCCAAGGAUAGAAGACAUGAUGAUGAUAUUUUUGUUCAACGGAUUGAAUUGAACCCGGACCCAAUGAUUACCAAUGGUAUUGCAGUUGUAGGAUCGAAGAUACAAUAUUUUCAAUUUGGGGAUAUACCAACUCGUCAUGGCAAUAAAAAGAAAUUAGGCACAUUGAACGGAGGUAAGAAACUGAAAAUAACCAACAAGACUAUACGUGACGAGUUGGUAGAAUAUGAUAUACAAGAGGAGGCUCGACAAGAAAAUGAGAGAUUGGUGACUAGAUUUAAUGGAGAUAGUAUCAGUGAUGACGACGACGUGUCCCUUGCAUUGGCAAUGAGUAGGAGUGAACAAUCGACACCUUCGACGCAUACAACCCGAGAAAACGAAGAAGAAGAGGAAUUGCGAUUGGCGAUGGCAUUGUCUAUGACGGAACAAGAGACAUUUCCAUCUGAACUACCUAUUUCUGACCCAGAUGAAGAUGAUUACGAGAGUCAACUUGCAGAAGCAUUACGGUUAUCAAUUUCAGAUGCAUGA